AUGUAUUUCCAACUUUUAUUGUACUUCAUAUUCUCAUUAGUUGCAGUGUUCAUUGUAUUGUUCGUGUUUAUUGCUGUGUUACGAUGGCACUAUGCAAGCAAAAAGAGGAAAUUUCCAACUCAAUUUAGCAUAGCGUUUUUCCAUCCUUACUGCAAUGCUGGUGGAGGUGGGGAACGUGUACUAUGGUGUGCCGUCAAUGCUGUUAGUACUGCAUACCCUAAAGUAAAAAUCGUUAUCUACACUGGCGACUUGGAAGUAUCCCCUGUAGAAAUAAUCAAACGAGCAAAACAGAGAUUUAACAUUACACUACCAAAUAAUUUAGAGUUUAUUUAUCUCCACAGAAGAAAAUGGGUAGAAGCUGAAAAUUACCCUUAUUUCACUCUUUUAGGACAAAGUCUUGGGUCUAUUGUCUUAGGCAUUGAGGCAUUGCGUUUAUUUCAGCCCGAUAUAUACAUCGACACUAUGGGUUAUGCGUUUACAUUACCAUUGUUUUGUCUUAUUGGUGGUUGUAAAGUCAGUUGUUACGUUCAUUAUCCAACUAUAAGUUCAGAUAUGAUAAAUAAAGUGAUUCAACAAAAAGGAAAACGUAGAACAAUAUCUUAUAUUAAACUUGUAUAUUAUCAAUUAUUUGCAAAACUGUACGGCUUAGUUGGAUGGUUUGCUGAUUCUAUCAUGGUAAAUAGUUCAUGGACUGAGGAUCAUAUCAAUACCCUUUGGAAACGACCCUUAAGCACUUACAAAGUAUAUCCUCCGUGUGAUACAUCUGACUUACAGGGUUUGCCAUUAGAGAGACAAAAAACUAAAUCUGUAAAAAUUAUAAGCUUAGCACAAUUCAGACCAGAAAAAGAUCAUCCAUUACAACUCAAAGCCAUGUACCAUCUUAGACAAAUUAUAAAUGAGCAUGUAUGGGAAAAUAUCGAGCUUGUUUUUGUUGGUUCAACAAGAAAUCAGGAAGAUGAAAUGAGAGUUGUUGAUAUGAUGGAUUUAUGUAAACAUUUGUCUUUGGAGAAUAAUGUACGAUUCAAAGUAAAUAUCAGUUACGAUGAACUUAAAAACGAACUAUCUGAAGGGUUGAUUGGCUUACAUGCAAUGUGGAAUGAACAUUUUGGUAUUGGAGUUGUAGAAUGUAUGGCUGCAGGAUUAAUAAUGAUUGCACAUCGUUCUGGUGGCCCUUUGAUGGAUAUAAUUAUAGAAGACGGUGCUGGACAAAAUGGAUUUUUAGCUUCAAAUGAAGUGGAAUAUGCACAUGCUAUACACAAAGCAUUGUUGUUGUCAGAUACUCAAAAAUUGUCGUUACAAAAGGCUGCCAGAGGAUCGGUAAAUCGGUUUUCUAAUCAACAAUUUCAUGAUAAUUUUUUGAGAGCAAUACAACCAUUGUUUAGUUUUAAAAAAUUUAAAUAG